GCCCGGCAGCAGCACGCUGUGCGUCCCGCCCCCGAGGCGUCGCUCCUGCGGGGUAGGCUCGGCUGCGCUCCCUGUUCCAGGGCGCAACGUCUACCGUUUCGUCCGUGGGGCUCUGGCUGGGCCCGGCAGGGAGCUGCUGGGCGCCGUUCUCGUAGACCGUGAGGAUGACUCCCGCUGCGAGCAGACAAUCCAAAACAGCCUGGCCCGAACUCAAGUUAAAGAUGAGCUGCCUCUGCAAAUGAGGUGGAACUGUGAAGCUGAGUUUGGAAAGUGCUGGAGGCUUCAAGCAGCACCUGGGAGUACCCAACCCAGUUACUGUGUUGGAGCUCGCUGGUGAGGUACGGGAGCAAAAUGUUCAUUUUACAGUCAGAAGGAUGUGUUUUUUUAUCACUAUGGAAACACUGAUGGGUGGACCACUGCGUUUCUAUCAGCUUGUGUUCGUCAGCAUUCUGUGUGCAGCUUGUUGCAGCAGCUUGCCUGAAGAGAUUCUGAGAGGGCCACGUGUUAAUCUACGUAUGACAUCUAACAACUUUCAGCACAUUUUAUCCUGGCAAACACAAAGCGGUCAAACAACUGAGCCAACAUACUAUCGUGUACUGUACAAUAACCACAGUAAAUGGAAGAUUGCAAAACAGUGUUCACGAAUUGCACAGCACUUCUGUAACCUGACAGAUGAUUUUGAAGUUGUUUCGGGUGAAUAUUUUGCAUUCGUUCAGAGCUUUGUAGGAACUGAAGUAUUCAAUUCCUCUUCACUUCGUUUUUCACCACUCUAUGAUACAUUCUUGGGACCACCAGAAUUUAAUAUCAGUUCCUGUCUACACUGCAUAAAUAUCACCAUAAAGCUGCCAUCCACUCACUUCAGAAAAAAUGGAAAGCUGCUGUCUUUAUUUGAUAUAUAUAAAUACCUUGAUUAUGAAAUAACACUGAAAACACUUGAUGAAGAACAUAAGAGGUCACACAGGACAAUCACUGAAGAGCCUUUUAGUACUGUCAUUGAAGAAUUGUAUCCGAAUAGAAAUUACUGUGUGUCUGUUAUGGUCACUGCAUCUCUAAAUAAAAAUUCCAUCCCAUCAGCCUGGAAAUGCAUAACUACAGACUCUGUAGCUAAAAAAGAUUAUCAUGCCAUUGCAAUUGCAGGUGCUGUAUGUUUUUCAAUUAUUUUAGCUGUCAUCCUGAAAUGUAUGCAUGUAGGAGGUUAUAUUCUUCAAAAGAAAUCACUUCCAGAUACCUUGGUAUUCAUGAAGAGGUUUACCUAUUUACCUUCUACAUUUGAAUCUGAAGAAAUAUCUUCUGUGGAGAUCAUUUAUAAAGAGGUUAAAAAAAAAACAGAAGGAUCCAUUGGGGCUGUCAGUGACGGCGAUGACAGCGAUGAGAGUGAAAGCGAUGCCACAAGUAAUCAUGACUACGCAAGGCGUGAUAUCGUACAUAGAGCACCUCAGUCCUCUGACACGUCACACGUAUUUGUGCAGCUCUCUACAAGUAGUACACGUGAUGACAGUAGUGGCCAAGUGAGUCAAAAUCCAGAUGAUGACCCAGAAGUCUUUGAAGAAAACGAGAUGGAUGUUGAAGAAGAGAAAGAUGCGGACAGUGAGUUACUCAAUCCUUUGUCUGAGGUAAAUUGUCCCUAUUCUCUUAGGUCAAGGAGCAAUGUUUGCUUUACCAUAAACUUAAAAUCUGUGCUUCUGGGAAUCUCUGAAGAGACCACAGAUAGUUCUGCAGCUCUUCUCUCUUCCCAAGAAGAUGCUGUUGACUGGCAAUGUGCACAUGCUGUUGAAUCAAAACUCCUUGGCGACACAGAAAGCGCACAGAAACCACAUCAUCUUAACACCUCUGACGCGUGGCAAAAUUCGUCUAGUUCUUCCAGUGAAAGUGACUCAUCAGAUUCAGAUAUGGAUCCACAAAGUGGAUACAUAAGAAGAUAAAUAACUGAGAACCACUAUUAAUUUGUAGCAUGCAAAUAGAUAUUGUCUAUCUUAGCUGUUUCUGGACUGAACAUACAGGUCUGAUCUUUUUUUCUUUUUUAUUUUUUGUAACAUUCUGAAAGCAUAUUCCUAAGUACAAAUAUUUCUGUGACCUUUCCGGGUAUGAUUCAGGUUAUGUUACCUGCUGAAGAAUGAAAAGGACUCUUAGGAUGUAGCGGAAAAAGGGAGUCGUCAUUUUGUUUUACAGUUAAAUACUGGAACUACAUUUCAGCUGGAACAUAGUAAAUAUUUUCUAUAAACUCAAGUGAGGAGUUAGUUUAUAGAACAGGGAGAUGUGAGUGGUCAGCCUGUUAACCUGACCUUAGUUUGAAAGGGCUCUGCUACUCUUCUUUAGCUCUGUUGAUGGGUUACUCUGAAACCUGUUUUGCUGGAUGGAUCACAGCCAUAAGGGUAAUGCUGCGCUCGAGUCAGUGAACUGAUUUCUAAACUUGUGCAGAGAAAGCUGAUCAAAUGAAAUUGUGGAGGUGCGGGGAGGAGAGGUAAAAAGAGAGGGUAAAAAUACUCGAGAGUUCUUACUGUGAAUGGAGACAUUAAAUCUAUACCUUUUUGAUACAAUUUUGUGUAUUUACAUACUACUUUUUAACGUUUAUAUGACAUUUAAAAAUUACUGGAGUGUGAAGUUGUACUUCCAACACUUGAUAAAAAGAAAUUUUUUCAUGCUUC